AUGGUGCCCAGGGUCGCCCGCGUGCCGUGGCGGAUCGUGCCCAAGGUGGCCUUCCUGUUCCUCGUGAGGGGGGACCUGCCGCUGCGGCCGUUGUGGGAGAAGUUCUUCGUCGGGCACGAGGGGCUCUACUCCAUCUACGUCCACGCCAGCCCCGCCUACACCAGCUUGCCGCCGGCAGACUCCGUCUUCCACGGCCGCAUGAUCCCAAGCCAGCAGCCGACGCCGUCCCCGCCAGCGAGCUUGGGGUUCGCGGACUUCCUCGGGCUGAGUGGCGGCCUCAUGCACAACAGGACUGACGAGGAGCUCUUCUGGAGGGCGUCCAUGGUGCCCAGGGUCGCCCGCGUGCCGUGGCGGAUCGUGCCCAAGGUGGCCUUCCUGUUCCUCGUGAGGGGGGACCUGCCGCUGCGGCCGUUGUGGGAGAAGUUCUUCGUCGGGCACGAGGGGCUCUACUCCAUCUACGUCCACGCCAGCCCCGCCUACACCAGCUUGCCGCCGGCAGACUCCGUCUUCCACGGCCGCAUGAUCCCAAGCCAGAACACCAGCUGGGGCGACAUGAACCUGGUGGACGCGGAGCGGCGACUGGUGGCGACGGCGCUGCUGGACCUCGCCAACGCGCGGUUCACGCUGCUGUCGGAGUCGUGCGUCCCUCUCCUGUCCUCCCCGGCCGUCUACGCCUUCCUCACCGGCUCCAACGCCAGCUUCGUCGACAGCUACGUCGACGGCGCGCGGCACGCCCCCUUCUUCACCCAACGCAACGUCAGCCUCGCCCAGUGGCGCAAGGGGUCACAGUGGUUCGAGAUGGACCGAGCGAUCGCCGUGGAGGUCGUCGGCAAGGAGCGGUUCAUGGCCGUGUUCCGCGGUCACCACGGCGUCGCCAACAUGGAGGAGCACUACCUGCCGACACUGGUGACCCUGCUCGGCUGGGGCGCGCGCAACGCGAACCGGACCCUCACGUACGCCAAAUGGCGGGCGGGAGCCUGGCACCCGGUGAGCUAUGGCGGGACGGUCGUCACGGCAGAGCUGCUGGAGGAGAUGAGGCGAGGGAACGGGGAGUGCGGCUACCGUGGGGGCGGCGGGGCCGUUGAGUUCUGCUUCAUGUUCGCGCGCAAGUUCUCCGGGGACGCGCUCGGCAAGCUGCUCGAGCUGGCUCCUAAGGUCAUGGGGUUCGGCUGA